AUGGAGUCACCAGCGGCUGCAGCAGCAGACGCCAUCAUCAGGCUCUACGCCAUGCCCGCCGACAGCCCGGGAGCUCAAUUCCGCUCCACAAUCCACUGGGCAAGGGUGGGCUGCCGCCAGGCUAGAAUCCUGGUCUCGGAGUCGAUCGUCCCCACGCUGCCCAGAACCGCCGCUGACAACUUCUACUGGGGCGGCCUCCUCACCGACUGCGGGAAGCCCGUGGAGCAGCACGUGGACCCCUGGGACCAGUGGGGCAACACGUUCGAGCGGAUCUACACCGGCCCGGGGCUGGACGGCAAGCAGUGGCUCGGAGUGCUGGGGAACCACGACUACGGCGGCUUCCACUUCACGGGCGGUUGGGAUCAGGCGAUCGCCUACACGUGGGGCGGCUUUGCCGCCAGCACGAACCGGUGGAUGACACCCGCCCAGCACUGGAGCGCGAAGGUGGUGUACCCGGACUUCACCGUGGAUUACUUCUUCGUGGACCGCCGCAGCAGCGCCUCGCGGGGCGGGAGCAGG